CAUGCAUGACACAAAAGACACUAACAAGCUAGACAUAGAUGUGUGCUGAUGAUUAGAAAACGAACUUCAGAAGUAGAAAUCAAUGCACUGGAUCAAUAUUUAGAAUAUAUUGUAACUACACUUGGAAGCUGAAGUUUUAACAGGAGGGCUUACAACUGCCUCAGGUCUUAGUGCUUCAAAUGUUUCUGAACUCUUUACUUGUGGUCAUAACUGACCUGGCUGCUGCAUUGCUGGGCAAUGCAUUAUUUCGACGCCAUUUCCAUUUGUUUCUGUCAGCCGUUGUCAUGUUCGGACCCUUGCUGAAUUUAUGGGUAUCCCACUAUAGUAUUUUUGCGAAGAGGAGCCAUUAUCUUUACAGAGUUUUUCUGCGUUCAGGCUGGGGUUGGACCUGUAUCUUUGUAGGCUCUUUUGUCUUCCUUCUGUCUUUAUCUGUUCGGCGCUCCUUAACACUCACACUACGGCAUCUCUCACGGCUGGCUGUAGCAGGUGGGCUGUGGCUGGGUUUCCGUAAACUGCUUAGUUUGCUGGAGAACGCCACAGGGAGCUGCUAUGAGCCAAUCAGUGGAGCUCAUGAGCUUGCUGUAGCAGCUAAUGAAGAAGGGCAGCCUUUAUUGUUGUUACGAGAGGGUGAGACAAAGGCUGUUUGCAUCAGCUCUGGCAUGUUAUGGCGGGGGUACGAGGUCUCUGAAGACAUCUUUCUGCUUUCUUUUUGUUGCCUGCUGCUAGCUGAGGAGAUGGCUGUGUUUGGGCCCUACUUGAACCUGGGUGGGAUCUCUGGAGCACCCCUACGCAUUCUGUUCUUAUUCUGUGUCCUGUUGUUGAGUCUCUGGUUGUUCCUACUUUUCUGUCUACUUGCAUAUUUUCCUCAAUUCCCAAAUCAGCUCUUGGGUGGAGCUCUGGGGUGUCUGAGCUGGAGAGCAACAUACCAGGGCUGGUACCAUAUGGGACCAAGCUGGUACUGCCCUGGAAGGCCUGGGUUGGGUCUUUUGACAACAUAGGGACUAAUAAAAAUGUUAAAAACAAUAACAAAUAUAAAUUAUUUAAUUACAUUGGGGUAAAUAUAUUUGAUGAAUCAUGUAAUAAAGUUCCAUUUGCAGUUUUGAUCUACCUCUGUUUCAGACACAUAAUUGUAAAAUAUUUUGAUCUAGUUAGUACACCCAUUAAAUUAUCAAGUCACUGAUGAGUUUUCUUCAUUAACUUGGUCAGUAAGUAUUUGCAGAAAUAAACUUUAAAUCAAUUUAGAAAAUCUUAAAGGAGACAUUAAUCUUUAAAAAAAAUCAAUACCUUAAUCACUUCUGCAAAACUCCAUGUGCAUCUCCCCCAUGUGUACAGACGUGCUAACAUUACUGAGCAGAAAUCCUAGGAUCCAGAAAGGCCUGACUAUACCACAGAAUGUACCAGCAACAUCUUUUCGAUUAAUUAUAGCAAGGUCAGUUUGGAUCCAAGCAGAAGUGUGUGCCUUCCUAAAUCUUACUUUACUGAAGUUGGCACCUCUGCACCCAUAGUAGCUGAAGACUAGUACUAGUACUAGCACAAACUGCAGGCAGCAAUAUAAUUUCCUGCUGAGAUUAUGAAUGUUAUCAGAUACCUUGAUGCUGUGCACUUAUGCCUGUACCUAUAUAAGAGUAUAUACUGUUUGCUGAGCUACCACUUAAUACACUUUUACAUAGUAUUUGAACAGUCGUAGGACACUGAAUUUAGCUUCCAGUCAAGAAAAAAAGAGCAGAUGCUUUUAUGUCACUCCAUAAUCUAGAUUUGCUGAUGAAGAACUAAUAAAUUCAAGCAUCUAAAGUCAAAUAAAGCAUUUUCUUAUAUGGCUCUUUAUUACAGACAACAAACGUUGAUUUUCUACAACACUCCAUUUUAGUCAGCUUGAGUCUCAAUGUGCUUCAGUGUGUCAGUGAUUUUCUUCCUUUAAGCAUUCUACGUAGAAUCACCUCGAUGCCCCCACGUGUGCUAAUCCUUUUAAUCCAACCAUGAGUCCUCUUUCGCUUGAUGUUGUUUGGCUGAUACUCAGUGCCUCUUUUCUUAGUGCGGACCUGCUGGAAGUGCCAGGGUGGUGAAUGAAAGACGUCAUUUCCCUUUGUCUUAGAGAUUAGUGUUCUUUGCUCACCACCCAUCCAUGAUGAGAUCAGAGAGCUGAUAUUCCGCAGUUUACAGCAACUGGAUUCUGCACCAUUGCUCCUGAAAAUGAUAAACAAUUAUUAAUCUUAAUCUAACACGCACAUGCCGGAAACCAGUUUAGGAAAAUGUGUGUCCCAGAAUAGCUGCAAUAAUGUGACCUUUUAAAUAAUCUUAAAAUACUGGUGAAAUCAGUGUAAAAUGGUGUUUAGUCUGAACAACUACUAGUUGCAAAAACACAUGCUGUGCUAGUCAGACUGGAAAGUCAUGUUUACCAGUUGGGAAGUUAUUUACCAGUUUACUUUAGUAAAAUGAUUAAUAAAUGUUUGAGAUUGUCCAAAAGACUUACUGUUGUUAAACAAACAAAAAGAUAAACAAAGAGUCAGUGGUAAAAUAAAAAUUGUUUUACACUGUGUGAUUUCACUGUAUGAGUUUAUUGUGUGAAGAUGAUUACUUGUCACAGUGUAAAAGAUGAUCCAAAUAACAUCUCGGUUGAAUUCAGAUUGUAUGCUAACAUUUAUUGUUAAGCUUUUCCAGCCUUUA